GUUAUGUAUGCACGUUUGCGUCUGUGUGUGUGGCUGCGCCCACCUUAACCGUUACCGUUAGCUACACAAUAAACUAGUGCGAAUAGAGCAGCCCGUGGUUUCACUCGUGUCCUCGUACUCAUCACUGGCGACGAAUCGGUUAAAUUCCACGUGUUUCGCGAUAAAAUAAAAUGUCUAGUGCUAAUUUCGGUGUGUUGGAUACCUUUGAUCAUAACGUUCAAAGUUGGAACAGCUACAAAGGCCGAUUACAGCAGUAUUUUAUCGCAAAUGAUAUAGAUAAUGCGAAAGAUGCGACGGGAAUAAAAAGACGGGCCAUAUUGCUAACAGCACUCAAGGAAGAAACGUACAAGCUUGCAGCUGAUUUGGUCCUGCCAAAGCAACUGGACAGCGUGCCUUAUGAAGAUAUUAUAAAACUUCUGGACAACCAUUUCACACCUAAGCGGGUUGGAUUCGGCGAACGCCACAAAUUCUACGCCGCGGUGCAGCAGGCCGGCGAGACUCAUACACAAUGGGCCGCUCGGCUGCGAGGACUCACCGCUUAUUGUAGUUUCAACAACGUGGAAGAGGCAUUACGCGAUCGGUUUAUCAUGGGUUUGCUUCCAGGCCUUGAAAAGGAAAAAUUGUAUGCGCAAAACAUCUCCGUGCUGACGCUAGCGAAAGCGGUCGAGCUCGCCGAAAACAUUCGCUGUGCGCGUGCCGGGGCCACCGCAGCUGGUAUUACGCCUUCUUCGAGCGACGUUUACAAAAUCGCGUCCAAUAAACAGCAAAAUAAGUCUGACGAGAAAGUGAAGUGUUCAAAAUGCGGCUAUACUAAUCAUAAAGUGUCGGAGUGUCGGUUCACUAAUUACGUAUGCAAAAAGUGCAAAGUGAAGGGUCAUUUAGGUAGAAUGUGCCCUAGUGUUAAAUAUUUGGAUAUUAAUUACGAUGGCGAGGACGACGACGGUAAGUUGUACAAUAUUCGUUCUCACAAGGGGAAACCCAUGGUCGAAACGGUUUCUAUUCUGGGCAAAGACAUUCAAUUUGAAGUGGAUACCGGGGCUGCUGUUUCCGUGAUAUCUCCAAGUUUUUAUAAAACGCAUUUCAAUAGCAUUCCAUUUAGUGCUCCGGCAAUUUUCCAACGCGCAAUGGACGAACUGCUGGCCGGCAUGGAGGGCGUGCUGUGCCUGCUGGACGACGUGCUGGUCACGGGUCGAGACGACCAGGAACAUGUGGCCAGUGCGUCCAGCAUUUUGAGUCCCCUGUAUGACCUGCUAAAGAAGGGAGUCAAAUGGACUUGGACCACUAUUCACGAAGAGGCUUUUAAUAAGAUAAAAACCUGCCUCGCGUCCGACCAAGUGCUAGCGCAUUACAAUCCUGAAGCCCAUGCAGACAAUAGCGCGGAUUACUUGUCUCGGGCUUGCGCGCCAGAAGGUGAGGGGCAGGGGAGCGCGGGGGCAGCAAACUCGUGCUGCGAGCCCGGCGCCGCCGCCGCCGCGGACACUAGCGAGCGCGCAGCAUAUAUUGCUAACAGUUCUUUCAACAAAUAUCAACUAGAGGGCGCAAACCUCAAAAUCAUGGAUCAGGUGUUAAGUGCAGUCAACGAGAUCAAAAAUCAACUGAAGGAAACUGAAAACAGGCUUGCAACAAAAAUAGACAGCGUAGACCAAAAUCUUCUAAGCAUUCAAUCGGAGCUCGACGCGCUUAAAAUUAAUCAAGAAUUACAAGAAGAACGUGUGGACCAGCUGGAGAGAGACAUUAGGAAACGAAACCUGGUCAUUUUUGGAGUUACAGAAACGGAAAAGUCUUAG